UUGACAAAGCUCUCUUUCUCCAUAAAAGCAGAUGUAUCAAGGAAGGUGAAAAGUCAUGAAUGUGGACCAAGAAAUGCAAAUCUUAGGGAUGAGAGCAGUACUAAUAUUGGGGAGGAGCAGGUUAUCUUUGAAGAAACAGCUUAUCGUGGUUUGGCAAAGUUUUUCUGUCAAUCCGGUACACCUCCAAAGUCAGUAGAAGAUAGGUACUUCAAACAAUUAAUAAGUUAUCUUAAUCCUAAAUUUCGUCCUUCAUCUGCCAUUCUCUCACGGUAUUGCUUGAAAUUGUAUGAUGAAGAGAAAGCAAAAGUUAAAGAAAUUUUGAGAAGCUUGAAUGGACGAGUUAGCCUCUCAGUUGAGAGGCUAAAAUAUAACAAAUUCAAUGACUUUGGCUACUGGUCUACCUCAGAUUUUGGAGGAUCUUUUUCUGAUUUCAUUUGCUUAAGAGUUCAUUUCAUUGACGAAGACUGGAAGCUAAGAAGUUGGGUUGUUAGUUUUAGGUCUCUUGAUGCGUAUGGAGAUUAUGUUGGUGAGACGAUUCAGUGUCUUUCAGAUUUUGGUAUUGAAGAUAAAAUAUGUGCUGUCACUGUGCAUAGCUAUCUGGACUUUGAUGAGAUUGUUGAUGUCAUUAAAAGUAAACUUCUUGAAAAGAAAAGACUCCAGCUAGAUGGACAAUUUUUUCGUGUAUCUUGUAAUGCAGACAUUUUUAGUUCAAUGGUGAAAAAAGCAUUUGGAAUGAUAGAGGAUAUAAUCAGUGACAUUCGUCUCAUAGUAUUUUGGGGCAAAUCACCACCAGUGUGGAAUGUGACAUUUCAUAAACUACAGGAAGCAUUGGAAUUAGAGGCAAAAGGAGAAUACUUGAAAAAAGAUGAUUAUAAGGAUUAUGAUAUACCUUCUCCCCAAGAGUGGGAAAAAGUUAAGGGAGUAUGUAAACUUGUAGGACAUGUCUAUACUGCAGCAGAAGUGUUAUUUAUGGAAAAACGACCCAGUGCAGGCCUUUACUUCCACAAUCUUAAUAAGCUUCGAUUUAAUCUGAUGAAAGAUUCUGUGAGUUCAGAUGAAUUUGCUAGAAAUUUAGCCAAUAUUAUGCUGAAAAAGUUUGGCAAGUAUUGGAGGCAUAUGUAUUUGGUGUUGGCUCUAACUACUAUUAUGGAUCCACGCUACAAAGUGAAGUACUUAGAGUUCUGUUUCUUGAAGUAUGAAGGUAAUGAUCUUUUACCGCUAUCAUCUAUUUUGGAGGCCAUCCAAAGGCUUUUCGAUGACUAUGUGGUGCACAGGUCCUCAAUGGAGUAUCCUAUGAGCGAUUCAGAUUCUGAUACGGGUGAAGAUCUCAUUUCUGAUGAAUCCAGUACGAGUGAAGAUCUCCUUGAGCCAAUGGAAGUUGUUAAUGAUCCUAGUUUUGGAUUUGACUGUUCAGAUGAGUUUAGCAAAUUCAUCCAAACAACUAGUCAGCCACCAAAGUCAGAACUUGAUUGCUAUCUGGAAGAACCUAUUGUGCCUUGGACCAAGAACUUUGAUGUGCUGAGUUGGUGGAAAGCUGCAAGUCCCCGAUAUCCUGUCCUAUCAAAGUUGGCUCGUGAUCUUUUGUCAAUACAAUUGUCUCUUGUUACAGGCUAUGAUUCUUACUACACUGAUUUGCGUGAACCUGAUAGAGAUAUGACAUCCGUGGAGCCAGAUUUAGUGAAUGCCUUGAUGUCUACUAAAAGUUGGUUUGAUAAACAGCGUCGCAAUGCGAUGAAAGCUGCUCAAAGUUGCUUGGUUGAAAUGCUGGAUAAAGGCCUAAACCCUGACCAGGGUACUUAUGAACCCUUUAUCAUUGGAUAUUGUCGAAAAGGGCAGUUGCAAAAUGCGGAAAGAUAUUUAUUGCAGAUGCUGCAUCAUGGGUUUAAGCCCAACAAAGAAGUUUAUAGUGCUUUGAUCAGUGCGAACUGUAAAAGUUGUUAGGUAAGCCAAGUCUUUGGGGUAUUUUUAAGUAUGCUUGCUCUGGGGGUUUUGGAAUUGUGGGAGGCCUAUCUUGUCCUCCUUCGUGGUCUCUUGGUGAAUGGAAAAAUGCUAGAAGCAGCUGAAGUUAUUUCAGAACUUCAUGGCAAGAAUCUGGUUGCUGAUGUUUCAUUCUAAGAAGCUCUCAUCUGUUAUUUUGUUAAACACUCUGAGAUUGAAAAGGCCUUUACCCUUUACGAGGAAUCGCAAAACUGAGGUAUUCGUCCAAACUUACGAUACUCACAGUCACUUGAUUGUUGGGCUGCUUAAUGCAGGUCAAACUGAGAGUGCUGAAAUGAUAUACAAUAUCAUCUUAAAAGAAGGUUUGGGACCAAAUAGUGCCACAUACACUACCAUGAUAUCUGGAAGGCUGCUAGAUACUGACAAUAGAUAGAUUAAUCAUGAAAAACUGAUUCAUAAUGUCUGUAAAGAAGUUCGCGUGGGCUGGAUCCCUCUUAAGGAGGAUCUACAAAUUGUUGCCCUCCUUUAUUCAUAUGAUAUGAUAAAGCAAGUUUAUUGAAGCAAACACUUGAACUUUGUCAUUCCAUUGGUUUUUAUCUUGUCAAAUGUCUGCUUGGUUCAGAUUCUUUACCUUCUAAUAAGCUGUUGCUGCAUUUGUACUCAGAAUCAGUGCUGCACUUAGAUUGUCUUUUUCAUUGUGUGGGACAUUCUCCUCCAUUAUAGCUUCUAUAACUGUACCUUAGGUU